UCGGAUUUAUUUAUUUGUGUCUUGCGAAUGAUUUAAUUUCAACUCAACUCCUUAGAAUUUAUAAUUUUAUUUUAUUUUUUUCAAAAUUGUUGUUUCUUGAUGAUAAUCUUCCUCUAGCAACGAUUUCUCGACCUCAUCUCGCUUGAAUUUUUGAUGCGGCGCCCCCUAAAGGGUAAUCGGUGAAAUAUCCAGACCAAAAUUUGCGCCCUGCGGUUAUUAUUAAUAUUGAAGUUUGAUAAAUUAGAUUGUUGUCCUGUGUUAAUCUUCUGGUGAUUCGUAAGUAAUUUUGUCUCUUGGAUUUCUAAGAGGAAUUAUUGAUAGUUAUUUUGUCUAAAAAAUAAAAAUUAAAAGCACAAAGCUGAGGCUGAGGCUGAAUUUGUAAAUAUUUCCGGAAAAUAUUAAUUUUAAGCUGGGAUUUCUUAAUUUCUUUAUUUGAAAAUAGAUGGAAAAGAGAAAGGUUUCCUGGAUGCAAGUAAUGUUAUAGUAUUGAAUCUGGAAUCCCAGAGAUUUUAAUUCAAAUUGAACUGCUACAAUUCCCAUUUUUAUGGUUUAAAAUUACAACCAAAUAAGUCUCAUUCUUAAUGAAUUUGUGGUUGGCAGUUGGCUUUAUGACUUUAUUUUCUUUGCUCGGCUCAGUUUAUUGCUAUUGCUAUAUCUAUCUGAAAUAGUUUUCUAUUUCUAAAAUUCUAUUCGAUCUAUAUUACCAUCUCUUCUUAAAGUUAUGCAUUAGCUAACUAUUUCAUUUGGAACUGGUCAGUUUUCUUAAGGAAGGUCUCUCUUUUGCUUCAGAGAAGUGACAAAUAGUUGUUCUUAAAAUGAAGGAAGAAGAAAUAAAUAGAUGUCAGAUUCAGGAAUGGUAUCCAAAAUUUAAAUCUGUAACCAUAAAAACCCAUAUUCAUGAGCUUCCGGAGUCCUUUAUCCAGUACCUUCUCGAUGAUUCUGGUCCCUUCCUUCUGCCUCUUUCCAUUUCAAAUGAUGAUGCCCUGCCGAAAAGAGUUAGUAAGCCCGAAGAGGAAGAAGAUUAUGUAGUGUCGGAAGGGUCUGGAGAUGAAGCCGUAGAACCAUCACCUCCUCCUCGUUUCCCAGAACUAGAAAUGAUGAUUAAAGAAUCCAUUGAAUCCCUUGGGGGUGCUGCAUUUCCCAAGCUUAACUGGAGUGCACCUAAAGACUCUGCAUGGAUAAGUUCAACUGGGAAUCUCAAAUGCACCACUUUCUCUGAGAUUGCUCUUUUACUGAAGUCGUCUGACUCUCUGGUCCACGAUCUUUCUCAUGCAUAUGAUCUGUGUAGUGACAAGACUGCAUCAAGGCCAUUGAUAUUUUACCUCGCACUUCGCAAGUGGUUCUGUUCCCUGCAGCCUCAUAUGGAAUUUCGCUGCUUUGUAUGCAAUCGGAAUCUUUUGGGAAUUUGCCAACGCGAGGUCACUAAUUUUUAUCCCGUUCUUCUUGAGAAAGAUGAUUUGAAAAUGAUUAUCAGAGAUUUUUUUGUCGAGAAGGUGAUGGAAAAUUUUGUCUCUGAAAGUUACACAUUUGAUGUUUAUGUCACAAGAGAUGGGCGAGUAAAGAUUUUGGAUUUUAACCCUUGGGGUGGAUUUACCUUGCCAUUAUUGUUUACUUGGGAUGAAUUAGAGCACAAGGUAAAGGAAGAAGGCUACGAAUUGGAGUUCAGAAUUAUACAGAACCGCUGUGGGAUUCGUCCAGGUUUAAAGACUGCAGUUCCUUACGAUUAUCUGGAUAUGAGCCCAGGUAGUGGUUGGGAUCAGUUCCUAAGGAAGGCCGAUGAAGAAUCAAGGCGGCAGCUAAAAUCUACUGAAGCAGGUUGAUGAGUAUCUGCUUAUUUAUGGAAUGGCGUAUAAUCCAGUUCAAGCUCAUUUAAUACCUUUGCUCCCCUGGCCCGGUAAUAAUCAUUUGUAAAGGGGGUCGAUGAAAUUGCACAAGGGGACUGCUCAUGGCACGUUGAAUAGAACUAGAAGAGGGCCGGCCCUAAAAAAUAUGAGAUCCCAGGCGAUAAAUUGGUAUGAAACUCUUAAAUGUAAAUGAAAUGAACACUUUUAAAAUAAAUAACUUAUUUUUAACUUUCAUAAAAAUUAAUUUAUAAAUUUUAAAGAAACUUUAUAAGCUUAGCAAAAAAUUGUAUGGAAGAUUUCCCUAAUUUUUUUGAAUUGAUUCUUUUUCUAGAUUUUGGUAGGUAUGGGGGAAAAAAGAGAAAAAGAGAGAGAAAUAGAACUGGGUAAUAGUUUAAUUGUAGGUCCAUUUUAUUUAUUAAACCAAGAAUGUAACUGAAGUGCCCAAAUAUUUUGGACCUCGUAUUUAGUCCCAUUUUGUUGUA